AUGAAAUACGGGACAUUCAAGGAGAGGGAGAGGAGCGCGUCAGAAGUUGAUCGAUACCGCCGAAGGGAAGCCGGCGAUGAGGACGAAUUCCCGUGGCUCAUGAUGAUUCUCUUCUUAUUGACGCUCGGUGCUUAUGCCUUCGUGAUGUACGGCUGCUGGGACACCUCCCAGCGCAUUGAGGUGCUUGCCACAAGGUCAGAGAACGCACUCAUGGUCACGGCGACCGUCAGCGAUGCGAUGGGAGGCUUGGUGACCAGCACAGCGCACCAAGGCGAGGAGGCGCGGCAUCUGCAGCUCUAUGUGUGA